AUGAGACCGGUGGAUACAGAGCGUGGGGAGAAGGCACUAAGGUCCCUGCACUUUUUCUUAGAGCAGCGUGAGACUCUUACCUGGCUGGUGGCGGCCAUCCUGGCUGGACCCUUGGCCAUCUUCCGAGAGUACAGGUACGAGGAAAUCCCCUCCAUCAACCUGAGGAUUGAAGUGUGCUCCGAGAAGUGGCCUCACGGGAACAACCGCGACGGCACCAUCUACAGCCUCUCCAUGCUCCUCCUGCAGUACGUCUUGCCUCUGGGCAUCAUCAGCUAUGCCUACGUGCGCAUCUGGAUCAAGCUGAAGAACCACGUGAGCCCCUGUAGCCGCAGCGACAGCCACUACCGCCGGAGAAAGACUACCAAGAUGCUGGUGAUGGUGGUGGUGGUCUUCGGGGUGUGCUGGCUGCCCUUCCACGUGUUCCAGCUGGCCAGUGACCUGGACCUGAUCAUGAAGUUUGAGGAGUACAAGCUCCUCUACACGGUGUUCCACGUGAUCGCCAUGUGCUCCACCUCCGCCAACCCGCUGCUCUACGGCUGGAUGAACAAAAACUACCGCAAUGGCUUCCUCAUGUUCUUCCGCUGCGAGCACAAGCCCGAGGCCAUCCACCUGGAGUGCUCGAUGAGGACCAGGCUCAACACCUUCCAGACCGUGACGCUGAACGGCAGUCACAAGUGGGGCGCCAGCAAUGGCCAGCCUCCCACAGCUGUUUAGGCUUUGUAAAGCUGAGGGAUCAGUGGCUUGAAACCUGGUUCCAGGUAACCGGGAGACCUAGUUUGAGGCAGCUUUGCUGUAUUAAACCCCAAGUCUCCCUUGGUGUGCCAUGCAGUGGCCUCUGAAACUAAGUCUUCUGAAACCAAGUUCCAAGCUACAAAGUGGCUUUGUGUUCCCUCAGCUUAAUAUUCUUUGAAAAGCAGCAUUCUGAUGAAGAAAAAAAUGUUAAAAUGCUAGAAGCAUCUUCAUCUCAUCAGUAUAAUCAUCUCACUUUCAAUGGACGUUGAUUUUAAGUGUGCUGUACAACGCUGAUUUGGUUCUACAUUGCAGUUUUAUUUGAUGUGUCACUUGUUUUUAUUAUCAUUAGAUUUCUCUUCUACUCUUUCUACUUCCAUCAUCCUGGCCCUUGGCAUUCUAUUUUAUUUUUUCCCCAUGUGUUUAUUUUAAUCAAAUGUCUAUUUCUGUCUUUCGUUUUUCUUCCUUGGUAGGGCCAUUAGCAGUGAUGAACUGAGACAGUGCUUUAGGCCAUGGGUACCAGACAAGAUCCACCUCGUUCGAACACAGUGCCUUCAUUGUUUCUAGAAAUGUAUGCUGUCCGCCUUUUAUUGAUUUGCAUAGCUGUGUGGGUGAGUUUGGUUAUUUGUCAUUCUGCUCGCCUCUGAUCCCUGCCUAGCUCUGAUCUUCUUCCAAGUAUUCGGGAUGUGUUAACCUCUCCUGGGGGUGAUGUUCCUGAAGCAUGCAUGUGGGACAGAGACAAGCCUACGCCAGGGCGUAUCUGUUUCCACGGCCAAGCACCAGAGAAUCUCAUCCAGGACACAGUCCCUUCAUCCUUUGGCUGGUUCUUCUGAGGGGAUGGUUUCUCAGUUUACUCAUCGACAAGCUGAAUAACAGAAGAGCUGGAGAAUAUUCUGAAAGAAAACAAACUAAAUUAAAUGGACCACAAAAAAAAAGGACCACAAAUGUACAAGGUGUUUCAUUCUCAGACAAAUGACCCCGAAGUGUGAUAGCACUGUUCUCAGAUUCAUUUUUCAUAGUGCCAAAGUAGGGGUCAUGUUUAGUUACACUCUGCAGUCAGCAGAGUCAUGCAGAAGCUAUUAGCGUCUGUCAUUCCUCCCCUGCUUGACAGCACAAUUAUCAUUAUAAUCUCAUGGAAAAAAAGGCUUUGGAAAGACGUAAAAAAAAAAAAAAAAUCCAAACUGUAAACUAAAAACGAAAUGCAUUUGUUUGUAUAAGUAAAACCCCCCUGACUGUUUCUGAUUUCCAUUUGAAAUAUUUUGUAUUUAUUUUGUUUAUAUAUAUAUUGUACUUGCUUCACUCAUAAUAGGAAUCUACAAAAGGAACUCCUUCUUCGAAAUGAUUAUAUGAGCGUUUGAUGUUUCUGUAUUUUUAAUAAAGGAUAUGAAUUGGACCAGUGCUCUGGGUUUCGUACAGCAACACCACACCUGUUCUGUUUAUAAAAUACAUGCAGAGUGAGUAAACCAUGCUUUGAAACAUGCCUUGUACUGUAUAUGUUCCAGUGUAUGGAAAGCACUUAGAAAUGUCAAUAAAUGUUAAAAU